CUCCGUUCGUGCAAGUUCGUGUCGCUUCUGUCCAUCAGGGACUUUGCGACGUAAGCGGGUGUGUGCGAAAGUAUGAAGUGAAAUCGUAUCUAAAAGUGUGUGAUGUUUAGUGUUAGUUUAUAUUGUGCUAAAACAUAAAAAUGAGUGUGAACGGUUAAGCGUGUUGCUACUUAUCAAUCUGAAGACAUUGUACACUCGUGUAUGUACUCGUAACAUUCUGUUUAACUGUUUCAAAAUGGCUGUGUUUUGAAGGCCCCUUUGUCCGCUUUCGUGUCUUCUUUCAGCAUGAUAGUGGGAUCAAUCAGCAAAAAAAUUAACUUGGAAAGGUGAGCGUGGACCCUAAUGUGAAUUGGCGUGAUUAGUGUAAAAAUACUUAGUGGAAAAUUACUGGUUGUCGCAGUUCUGCGUCGGUUGGUUGCUUUCUAGCGGGCGAGCGAUACAAAACGAUUGCCUGUGUACCAACGAACGUGGAAUGCAUGUCAUGUACUCGGAGCCGUCGGCGCAGUUUCGCAACAAUCAAGCCCCGAACACACUGCCCGAGUACCAGCCGGUCGUGUCGCCGGCUCGCCAGCCCGCCAAGAAGCGACGAGUACUGAGCCCCUCGCAACAUCUGUAUAAUCACCAGCAGCACUCCCUGGAGGACAACGCCGGCUACAAGAACAAGUGGUGGUCAGAGGUCGGGGCUGGCAGCUGUGCUGCGCCCGUAGUGCAGAGUCGCGCGUGCGAUGCGGAGCGGUCCACGCCGCCAGCGCCACCGCCCGUGCUUUGCACCAGGCCUUGUUGCCGGGACGCAACUGGGGGAGAUAGCAACGUUGAUCAGCGCCGGGGGGUGCAAGCGGAGAACGGCCUCGCGGUCGGGGCGCGUCACAAAACGGCUCCUCAGGCCGCAACGACGACGGCCCACAGCAAGCAGCUGGCGGCGGGCGGGGCCAACCACCCGCCCCAGCCGCAAGGUAACCACAAACCUAAUAUGUGGUUUCCGAAUACAUGUACAUGCGGAUGCGACGGACGUUGGCGCGCCCCCGAUAAAACCCCCUCCGUGACGUCGACAGGGUCCGGCUGUGGUGCUGAUGGCGACUACCAGCUCGUUCAGCACGAGGUGCUCUACUCCUCGUCCAAUAGGUACGAGGUGUUGGAGUUCCUCGGGCGAGGCACGUUCGGGCAAGUAGUGAAAUGCUGGAAGAAGGGCACCAACGAGAUAGUUGCCAUCAAGAUCCUAAAGAACCAUCCUAGCUAUGCGCGCCAAGGGCAGAUUGAGGUCUCGAUCCUGUCGCGUCUCUCUCAAGAGUCGGCGGACGAGUUCAACUUCGUGCGCGCGUACGAGUGCUUCCAGCACCGCUCGCACACGUGCCUCGUGUUCGAGAUGCUCGAGCAGAACCUGUACGACUUCCUCAAGCAGAACAAGUUCUCGCCGCUGCCGCUCAAGUACAUCAGGCCGAUACUGCAGCAGGUCCUGACGGCGCUGCUCAAAUUAAAACAACUCGGCCUGAUCCACGCGGACCUGAAGCCGGAGAACAUAAUGCUGGUGGAGCCGGCUCGGCAGCCGUACCGGGUCAAGGUCAUCGACUUCGGCAGCGCCUCGCACGUCAGCAAAGCGGUCUGCAACACCUACCUGCAGAGCAGAUACUACAGAGCACCAGAGAUAAUCCUGGGCUUGGCGUUCUGCGAAGCGAUCGACAUGUGGUCGCUGGGCUGCGUCGUGGCCGAACUGUUCCUGGGCUGGCCGCUGUACCCGGGCUCCUCGGAAUACGACCAGAUCAGAUACAUCUCGCAGACACAGGGCUUGCCCACUGAGCACAUGCUCAAUAGUGCAAGCAAAACGGCGAAGUUCUUUUACCGAGAUGUGGACAGUACGUAUCCGUUCUGGCGCCUGAAGACGCCCGAGGAGCACGAGCUGGAGACCGGCAUCAAGAGCAAGGAGGCCCGGAAGUACAUCUUCAACUGUCUCGACGACAUCGGACAGGUGAAUGUGCCAACGGACCUCGAGGGGGGUCAGCUGUUGGCUGAGAAGGCUGACAGAAGGGAAUUUAUUGAUUUGCUAAAGAGAAUGUUAACUAUGGACCAGGAGAGAAGGAUUACACCGGGCGAAGCGCUGAACCACGCCUUCGUGACGCUGGCGCACCUAGUGGACUACGCGCAUUGCAACAACGUCAAGGCUUCUGUGCAAAUGAUGGAGGUGUGUCGGCGGUCGGGCGGCGGCGUGGGCGGCGCGGAGUACGGCGGCGUGGUGGCGCCCGCCGCGGCCCCCCACCACCUUACCCUCACCCUCAACCAGCAGCGGCUGCGGGCCGCGCCAUACGACAACCUCUACGGCCUGUACCAAGGAGGUCGCGUCGGCGUCAGCGGAGCGCGACAGUACGCCGCGAGGGCCGACCCCUUCCCGCACCAGUUCGUGUCCUCCAUCCUGUGCCAGCCGGCGUACCAACUUACCAAUGUACAACAGCUCGCGGCCGCAGCUGCAGCCGCUGCUGCCGUCCACCACCAGCAUGGCGUGGCGGGCGUGGCCGGGGUGGCAGGCGUGGCGGGCGUGGCGGGGGUGGGCGGCGUGGCGAGCGUGGCGGGGGUCGGAGAGGUGGCUGAGUGGCGAGCGCCACUUAUUGUCGAACCGGCUCCACUACCUGAUCCUGACGUUUGGGAUCCCUAUCAUCCUCACCAUCCGCAUCACCAUCACUCGCAUAAAAGAUCCACGAAGCAGCAGACGAGCGCGGUGUCCCACUAUCAGCCGCCCCAGCAAACACAACAACACAGUAUGGCGAGUAGUGGGGGUAAGAAGGAACCGACUCAGCUGUCUCCGGUGAAGAAGCGAGUGAAGGAAGGCACUCCGCCGUCCAGGCACAGACAUCAACACAAUGAAAACACGAAUGGUCGAGGAUGGGAGGGAGGCGGCGCCACCAUCACCAUCCGCGACACUCCCUCGCCCGCCGUGUCCGUCAUCACCAUCUCCGACUCCGACGACGACGAGCCGAGGCAACGACAAAACGGCGGCAACGAGUGCCCGGCGGCGAGCGGGCCCGUGGCGCUGGUGGCGGCGCCGGGCGGCGUCAUCUGCAGCGCGCGCUCCCCGCGGGACGAGCGCGCCGUCAAGCACGAGCCGCACCACGCCUGCCACCACCAUACGCAGCAACAACAACAAGCGCAGCCGCAGCAGCCGCAGCCGCCGGCGGUCCCGCAGCACGCGGCGCCGGGCAGCUCCCGCCAGCAGCCGCAGCCGACGCCGCAGAGCCAGAAGAAGCGGCUGCUGGCGCUCGCCCAGCAGGAGGCGCAGGCCAAGCGCGAACCCGUCGCCGUGGACCACCAUCAUCAUUACGCAACGAAUGGUUCAACAAUACGUCAAACAAACGACUACCAGUGCAACCAGUACGUGCCGCCGCCGCAGCACAAUAAGAGGGAUAGCAGCGGCGGGUGUCGCGAGUACGUGCCGGGCCCGCCCGCAGCGCACAAGCACGCGCCCCACGCCUGGCACCACCACCCGCAUCCGCACUACAAACCGGGCAGUGGCGGCGUGCUGUCCCCGGGAGGCGGAGUGUCGCCUGGAUACCUCCCGCCUCCGUUAUACGUUCCCACCUAUCACUAUCACACGGGCGGAGUUAGCGGUGUCGGCGGAGUGGCUGGUCCUCCCCCCGCGCACCACGCCAACGCGCGGCUCUCCGGCUACCUUCAGCCCUACUCCCCCACGUACCUCGUGCCGCAGCACCACCAGCAACACCUGUGGUACACCGACUGAACUGCGCCACCAACAGCACCACACUCAGCCCAGAACCACGUGCGAACUUGCGAUAUCUCCUCCACCGACUUCUAUCCGCUUUUAAUCGUCAUCAAAGAAGCCAAUAUUAAAAGGACGAAUAACUCGCGCCGUAUUUCUCACCUGAAGUGUGGAGCGGCCUAUAAAGGGUCAUUGACACGGUGACAGUCUACCAAUAUUGGUUUCUGUUUAAAACGACCGGUUUAGCCGAUCUAAAUAGUCAAGUGCUUGUGGGUAAUGCUCGAAGGCACGUGACGAUUUCGUUUGAGAAACUCUCCAAGUGUCAAUUGCCCUUUAAAUAAAUAUACAGUUAAUGAUGAGGAUACUUCACCAGUGUGCUUAGUGCGAGUUUUUUAACGUUCUCGAUAGCGUAAAAGUUAGCCCAAUUUUGU